AUGAUUUGUGAAGCUCCCAGCAACGAUAAGGAUGUAGGGUUAAGAUAUGAAGGGGGUGUUUAUGAUACAAUUAGACAAGACUCUGAUUGUUGGUCAAACUUUAAAGCAUGUGACUUAAUUAAGGGGAUGGAUUCUUCGUUUAAAAUUGAAGAUGUGAAAAUGUGGUGGAAGGAUGAACAUGGUUGUCUUGAAAAUGAUCUAAAACUCUUUGUUAAUGAUGAGGAUGCAACAAUGUUAGCUCUAUGUGUUGAUAAGACUAAGUGUGAUGUUGAGAUAUAUACAGAGGCAAGAUUAUCAAGUGGUGAUAAGACUUAUAUGGAGAGGUUACUAGAGAAAGAAAAAGACCAUGAUUGUGUUGAGGAAAAUGAAGAUGAUAAGGAUAAUGAAUCAUUUGAAGAUUAUUUGAAUGGUAUACACUUCGAAGAUAGUGAAGAGGAGAGAAUGCACGAUUUUGAUGAUGACAUAGGUGAAGGGUUAAACAAUAGAGUGGAAAAUGAUGUUGGUACAGGUCAUGUGCAUAAUGGUGUUGGUACAACUCCAACUACUGCACAAAAUGAAGCUCCAGCUACUGCACAAAAUAAAGAAACACAUGCACCACCUGAAGUGACCCCUGCUCAACAUGAAGAAACCCUUGCACAUACUGAAGUGACCCCUGAACAACCUGGAGAAAACCCUGCACAACCUGAGGUAAACCUUACACAAUCUUCUGUAAGCUUUGUUGAGGCAAUGAAAAUGUAUUGCGGUAUAGAUCCUGAUGAAUUAGAAGCAUUGUUGAAUGAUGAUUACAUACUAGAUGUUGAAUCACUUUGUGUUGGUACUAGUCCUGCAAAGUCAAAUAGGCAUGGUCCUAAAAUCUAUGUUGGUCCAAUUCCUAAGGUACCCAAACCUGUUGUCAAAACCUUCAUUGGUCAAAGACCAAAGGUGUCUAAGACUACUGUCAAAUCAGUGCCAACUGAAGCCAACAAGCCAAGUAUAAGUGAUCUUGUGAAAAUAAUGAUAUCACCAAGUAAAAAGUCUAAGAUUGUUGCAUCUCUAAAAAUAAAGAGUGACAGACUUAGGACUUUGAAGACAGAGGAUAUAAUGGGACCUGGGAAGGAUCCAAAGGAUCCAUUUGUAAUUCCUGAAGAAAACUCAAGUGUUGGAAGUGCUAGGGGAAGAAGAAUUGAGAUGAUAUCCAGAAGAGCAUGA